UCAACCCUAAACGUAGGAUGGCGAGCAUCAACAGGACGUAAGAGAGUUCUUACUGUUGAGCAGCGAUCAUAUGCAGCAUGGAUGCGGGUUGCUGGAACUUGCUCGAACUGCGAGAGACGAGAAGUAAGAUGCGAUCCUGGCAUUCCAUGCAAGAGCUGUAUAGAACACUACAGAGAGGAUCUGGUCAAUCACCCUUGCCGGGACAGUACGCUCAGUGACCUAUACGCGACCUUCCUUUCCAACCGCUUAAGGUCGCAUCCAUCUUUCCAAUCUUUGGAGUCGUUCGUUCUAGCUGAUGGUCUCGAAAUUUCAACGGGGAUUACCUACACUAUUCCACUGAACAUUGGCUUUGGCCCAGCGCUUGAUGUCUCGGUACACGCUGUACAGCUCAAAGAUGAUCAUCCUUUAAUACACGAACACAUCAUCUAUUCAUGGCCACCCAUGCCUUUGACCAGCCCUCCUUCCCGUCACAGGAAUGUUGUGAUCCCGGCUGUACUAACAGCUGAUGCCCAUUCCUCUCUCGCGCAGACUUUGGACUCACACUUAUCGCUACUCGUAACGCGUAACUUCCGCGCUUUCCCGCUAUAUUGUUCACAACUACAGAUUUUACGCGAGAUCUACAUUUUCUUUUGCAGCCUUCCAGCAAGCUCCCAUCAAUACCGCACACUUCACCAGGCGCUCAAGCUUCUCGUACUGGUUCAUACCGGCGACAACAUCACGUCGCCUUUACCUUCACAGAGUCGGGCAUUGGACCAUCUCAUGCACAGUACGAAGGCAAUAUCCGGGGACCUCGCUCCUACACCUUGCUUCAUCCGCUCCCAGUUCAGCGCAAUCAUACCUCAACUUGCCCUCACCUUGAUAAAGGAUGUGGUCAUGUCAUUGACGCAAUUUCUCCUAAGCAGGCAACAUAGCGAAUGGCCCAUCGCUCUGGCUGUUCUCAUCACCGUCCUCAUGACGGUUGAAUCUAUACACUACCACGCCGCGAAGCUGCCAUACCACGACCAUUACGACACAACACGCUCAUCCAGUACUGAAAAAGACUUAGAACUUGAGGAUCACAGUGUGAAGGCACUACUCGAUUUCUACAGCGCAUGCUUCUCUGGUUGCCACGCUAGACUCAGACCCGACUGGGAGGGCGAGCCUAUGCAGUCCCACCACAACACAGCCGAAGACGUAUUUAUUCAAGGUCUACGGAACGCGAUUAAGAAGGCCAGCGUUUCCGGCUAUCUAGUCGAGAAAGCCAAAGAGAAGAGACCAGAGGACGAUAUGAGGUACUUCUUCGAUCGACUUGUUGCACGCCUCCUCAUCUUAAGGCUUUGA